AUGCCCGCCCAACCGCCCCUCCCACCCCUCCUUGCGCCCUACGUAUCCGCCCUCCCGCAAUCCUCCCUCACACUCUUGUCCUCGGUCCUAGGCGCGACGGGGAAUUGGCUGAUCUUGCGAUAUCUCUAUUCGGCACUGGGCGCACCGGUCGGCGAUGCAGCUUUUGGGCUCCAUGGGAGUGAGGGCGGGAGGAAGAGGAAGGUUGUGUUAGUGAGCUUUCUGCGGGGGUGGGAAUUUUGGAGGUCAGAGGCGAAGAGAUUGGGCCUCGACCUCGCGCGCCUGACCGAUAAGCGCCAAUUUGCCUUCGUCGACGGCCUUUCCGAGCUCUUCUACACGCCCACUCCCUCCUCCCAAACAACAACAACAACAUCAACUUCCGGACCUGCGCCUUCCCGAACAGUCCUUCCUGUGCGCUCUCAACCGGGCCCGUUGCCCGCACGAGGCGUCCCACAACCCGCGCCUGCGCGACCUACUCCGACCAACCCCCACCAACAAGUACAACAGCAGUCGAGAGGACCCGGACCCGUCAAGCGACUGCAUCUCUCCGGGACAGGGGUGCAAGCCCUCGACGCACUCGAGAAUGACAUCUCCUCCGUGAUUAAGCAGCUAAAGACGCCAGUAACACCCGGAGAGGAAGAACCGGAGAUUCUGCUCAUCGUGGACCAGCCGGAUCUGUUACUCGCCGCUACGGGGCCCGCGAAGGGCAUCGGCGCUACGGAGAUGGGGGAGUGGAUUAUGGGGUUACAGCAGAACGUCCACGCAACAGUACUAGCUCUAUCCGCCGACUCGCCCUUAAUCCACAAUGCAGCAGAAUCCGCACAUCAACCGUCUACACCGUUGGAGAUGGAAAGUGCCGCGUUCGCGAUUGGGUCGGCGCACCGCGCGCAGAUGGUCCUGCAGCUGCGGAACCUUGAGACCGGGGCGGCGCGCGAUGUUAGUGGUGUGCUGCGCGUUAGCAAAGGGGGUGCUUGGGGGCAGGUUGAUGCGGGAGCGGAAGAUAAGUGGGAGGAACGCGAGGUGUUGUAUUUCGUGCAGAGAGAUGGGGGAGUCUGUGUGUUUGGAAGGGGAGAGUGA